AAUUGAAAGUUACUUCAGAAAAACUACUGGUAGUAAACAAGAGCACGGCUAAUAACUGGUGGAAGAAAACUUGAAUACUUGUGCCAGUAGCUGUAGUAAAUAGUUACUUCUACUGGGCAUAGAGGGUAUUCCGAGAUGUAAAAGAUGAUGAUCGGCCUCUAUCCGCUGUCCUAGGUACGCUUGCUGAUAAUGGCAUUAGCAGCAUCUGUUUGCUGUUCUUGCCACUGCUUUGAUGUCCACCUCUCUAACUCUAACCCUAACUCUAACUUCAAUCCAAACAUAUACAAAAAAAGCUCCAACUUUCCUCCUCUGAGUCACGUCAAACCCUCGUGCCAGCUUCCCCUCACUCCCGAUAAAAAGUCCUUGCUUUUAGGCUUUUCUGCAUCAACCCUUGUGUUUGUGGGCCUGGGUCUUUGCAUCUGCGCCUCCGCUUCGGAACUUAGGCCGUUGCCGCUGCCGCUGCCGCUACCCCACCACUCGCUUCAACUUCACCUUGAAAAAGAUGAACGAGUGGACAACAAAUCAGCAGAAGAAGAUGAGAAAUUGGAAGCAGCUUUUGAGACUUGGAAGUCUAAAUCUUUCGCUCUUUCCGUUCCUCUCUCCAUCGUUGCUCUUCAGGGCUCCAUACCUCCCUCCUGGCCCAAGGAUUUCAUAUCCUCUCAAUCCAGGCGCUUGAAGUUACAAACCAAAUUCCGUCCUAGUCUUGAAGAUAUAUUCUCUCAUCUAUGCGUGCCCUUUACCAAAGCCAAAGGGAAUAUUGGACCUGCAUCUGCUGUGGCUGCUGAUAUUGUCACCCUCGGUGACUCCUGGCUCCCUCAUGCUAUUAGAAAGGCUAUUAUUGAACCCAUUACAGCUGCUGAACACCAGGAUUGGUUUAAGGAAUUAGGCCACCAAUGGAAGGUCUAUCUACGCAGGAACCAUAAUGGGGAUAUUGAUCCUCAAGGUCAGAUAUGGGCUGCACCUUAUCGUUGGGGUACCAUGGUCAUAGCAUACAAGAACACCAAAUUUCAAAAGCAUAAAUUGCCUCCUAUACAGGAUUGGGCAGAUCUAUGGCGGCCUGAACUUGCAGGAAGAAUUUCAAUGGUGAAUUCCCCUAGAGAGGUUAUUGGUGCAGUUUUGAAGUACAUGGGGGCAUCAUACAACACAACAGACUUUGACUUGCAAGUUGCUGGUGGCAGGAAUGCUGUCCAGCAUAAUCUGGCCUUGCUUGCAAGACAGGUUCAAUUAUUUGACAGUGAGAACUAUCUCAGAGCAUUUUCAGUGGGAGAUGUGUGGGUUGCUGUAGGGUGGAGUAGUGAUGUUCUUCCAGUUGUAAAGCGAAUGUCAAACGUUGCAGUUAUUGUUCCCAAGUCUGGAGCUAGCUUAUGGGCUGAUCUAUGGGUGAUCCCUGCUGCUUCCAGACUUGAAACUGAUCGUAUUGGGGGCCGAGUCAGAGGUCCAUCUCCACUAAUCCAUCAAUGGGCGGAGUUCUGUUUACAGACUGCAAGAGCCCUUCCUUUGAGGCAAGGGGUAAUUGCGGGUGCAUCUCCCUCUGCCCUGGAGAGCGUACCUGUCAAAUUGCCUGAAGAGAUCACGAAGGGUAAACCAAAGCUAGACACAAACCUAGUUGCUGGAGUGCCACCACCUGAAAUAUUGGAAAGAUGUGAGUUCUUGGAGCCAUUAUCGGAUGCAACAUUGCGGGAUUACCAAAGGCUCAUUGAUAACAUGCCCAAAUCUGGCCCUGAUUUCAUGCACAUGAAGGGGCACAUGUCAUCAAUUAUUGGAACUUUGGGGCUGAAAUUGAGUUAAAUUAAGGUAUUGUAGUUCGAAGGAGUGCCAAUUUGAGCAUUAAUUAAUUUGUAAAUCAAUCGAGUAUUAUAGUAUAGAUGCUCAGAUGAGAGGGGCUGUCCAAGUUGAGCGGAUUGAGCUG